GAUGGGCCACAGUGCUUCGAGGUCGAAGGAGCAGACGCCGCAACCGCCUUUAUUGCCUCCCAUGCUCCAGAUACUCCAAAGGGUGAUGUACACGAGGUCUGGAUGGCGAUAGCGCUGCACACGUCGCCCGGCAUCGUUGAGCGCAUUUUCGUUCUCGCGCGACUUGUCCAUGGCGCGGUGCUUGCUGACUUUCACGUGUUGCACCCGGACGCGUGCGUGGACCAGAAGGAUAUUGAGGCCGCGGAGAGGACUUUCCCGCGCGGGGAAAUCGAGAAGGUGCUCGGAGAUGAGGUCGCUGAGCAGGCAGAACAGGCUCAGCAGCCGGAGAGGAAGGCGCCACCCGCGACGUGGCCUGGUGAGCUCUUGCGCUCGAAGAGGGAGAAUCCGGGGUGGACGGGGGUGAACAUGGUCUUCUGA